CAAAUAACAAAAUACCAUUACACCAACAUCACCAACUUUUUAAAACCCCACAAGUUGAUUAUUUGAAUUUGCUUUUAGGUCCUCAAGUUCAAGAUUGUUUCAAUUUGCACAAUCUGCAUAAAUCUUUCUGAAAUAUAACUUUUUUGCCCUCUAAAACUCAAGGGUUUGAUUUUUCUUCUUCAACUACGUUAAGAUUUCUCCUACACUUUUCUUUUUCACCGUAUUCUCUUUUAGUCCUCGAUUCUCUACGCGUUUCAGCGUCAAGUCUUCUAGAUCUCUAAAGCCUUCGUGCUCGCCAAUAUAAAUCUCUGAGAUCGGUCCCGUAAAAUCGGAUUCGCGUCGUUUUUGAGUAAAAAAAAUGGCGCAACAAUCGUUGAUCUACAGUUUCGUCGCUCGUGGUACCGUUAUCCUCGUUGAGUUCACAGAUUUCAAAGGCAAUUUCACAUCAAUCGCUGCUCAGUGCCUUCAGAAGCUUCCUUCUUCUAACAACAAGUUUACCUACAACUGCGAUGGUCACACGUUCAAUUACCUCGUCGAAAAUGGAUUCACCUAUUGUGUUGUUGCAGUUGAUUCUGCUGGGAGGCAGAUUCCUAUGGCUUUCUUGGAACGAGUUAAGGAGGAUUUCAACAAGAGAUAUGGUGGUGGAAAGGCUGCAACUGCUCAAGCAAACAGCUUGAAUAAAGAAUUUGGGUCGAAACUGAAAGAGCAUAUGCAGUAUUGCAUGGAUCAUCCUGAUGAGAUUAGCAAGCUUGCUAAGGUUAAAGCUCAAGUGUCUGAAGUUAAAGGUGUUAUGAUGGAAAACAUUGAGAAGGUUCUUGACCGUGGUGAGAAGAUUGAGCUUUUGGUUGACAAAACAGAAAACCUUCGCUCACAGGCGCAAGAUUUUAGAACACAAGGAACUCAAAUGAGAAGAAAGAUGUGGUUUCAGAACAUGAAGAUAAAGCUCAUUGUCCUUGCAAUUAUCAUUGCCUUGAUUCUCAUCAUCAUCCUCUCAAUUUGUGGGGGAUUCAACUGCGGUAAAUAAGUCUGGAACAUUUCUUCCCGGCGUUAUCGACUGCGCUCUGUGCUUCCCAAGAUCUCUGAGAAUAUCUUCAUUCAGUUCGUUGUGCUACCUUUUUGUUUUGUUUUUGUUUUUGUGAUUUCUAUAUUCUCAUACUAUAUGUUUCUUCUUAGAUUGUACUUCUUGAAAUUUGUUUUGUAUAGGCUAUAUAUAUUAUACAUAUAUGUAUGCAUGUUCGACAAUCUGCAAUGUUGCUAUUGCUGGUACUGACACUAAUUCUUGCAAACCAAUAUUUGGACGAUACUUGUUCUUGGCAAUUUACUAAUUUCUUUGGUCUGUUGAUGAGACUCUAGUUGCGGAUUGCAGUGAGGUAUAAGCAUAGUCCACAGCCGGUUAAUAUUAAAUGGAG